AGGCUCGCUAGUAUCGAGACACGGAUCAGCGUAACAUUUUUUGUACUUUCUACUGUAAAAUGAGAGUCUAUAUUUGGUCCUUUGAUUCUAUUUUGGUGGCAGCGUUCUUGACGCAUGCAACCAUGCAUUGCGCAGUUUCAGGGGGGAAAUAAGUCUAGACUCGUUUUGCUGUUCGAGUGGCCUGCCUUUGGAGAAGUCAACGCCGGCAGUAUUCCGCUCUGGCGUAAGCGAGCAUGCGUGGUGGUGUACACGGCUUGUCUAUUUGUCUACUGUUGAUCAGGUGGAGACCAGACAGGAGUGAUGCUCAGGUAUGUUGUAAAAAGGCCCUCCUCUCAGUCCAAGCUGUUGCCAGCAGCUCAUUUUCUCUUUGAAACAGUCAAUCAUGUCUCAUCACAAACACGGACACGUCGUCAACGUUCAUGAAGAUUCCAACGUCAGCGCCGUCUUGGCGGACUUGCCGGAUGAUGUACGCAAGUAUACGCACACGGAACUUCAUGAGGUGAAUUCCUUUUGCGUGAACAAGGAUGCACCCACGUGGGUGCUUGACCAACUCAACCAGCAUCGCUACGUCCAUUCCGUUGAACGACAGACGACAUUCAAGCACGCUUUCCAACCUGUUACGCCAGGUCCCAAAGUCCAGACGACAGCACCUUGGGGACUUGCCCGAUUGAGCAGCAAUGGACCGCUUGGCGAAGCCGAAGCCGAUACUGUAGGCGAGCCAAUUUACACGUACAAGUACAAUGGCAGUGUUGCUGGUUGUGGCGUGACGGUGUAUAUGCUCGAUACGGGUGUCAUGACGGAUCAUGAGGGUUUUGAAGAUCGCGUAACGGCACCAGAGGCUGCCAACUUUGCCUAUCCCGGAAAGCUUCAAGCGGAUGAAGUUGGGCAUGGCACGUUUGAUGCUGGGAUUGUUGCUUCAACCCUGUAUGGUGUUGCCAAGAAAGUCAAAGUUGUGAGUGUUCAGGUCUUUGGCCUGGAUGAAGUCGAUAAUGUACCGAUCCUGGCUGGCAUCAACUGGGUCUUGCAGCAGUCAAAGCAGGAUGAAGGGCAAUCCAUCAUGUUUAUGCCGAUUGAGGGGGAAGUCAAUGUUGCUGUGGAACGCGCCGUGAAGAUGGCCAUUCGCAACAAAGUCCACGUUGUCGUGGCUGCUGGCAAUGCUGGCGUUGAUGCAGGGGAGACAUCACCUGCUCGAAUGUCCACCCACACACCCGUCAUCAGCGUUGGUGCAAGUCGUAUUGAUGACUCUUUUGCAUCCUACAGCAACUUUGGACCAGCCGUGUCGUUGCAUGCACCGGGAUCGAGUAUCUUGUCUGCUGCACCACAGAGCUCGACAGCGUCGACCGUGCGCAGUGGUACAUCGCCAGCUUCUGCACAUGUUGCUGGGUUGCUGGCGAUGUACCUGUCUGAUCCGGCUCACAAGUACCUGUCGCCAGCAGAGGGUAAAGCAUUAUUAUUGAAGCAUGCAACGGAGAGCGUCAAGCUGACUGAGGAAGCUGAAGCAGCCGAGACGACACGCAAGCUAGCGCACCUUUCACUCGCUUAAAAGCGUAGAUUUAUAGCACGAAUGAUGAUUUGAUGAUAUGACGAGAAGGUGUAGCUGUUACUGCUGUAGCUUUGUUGGUGCGGGUGACCUUCAGAACUCACAACACCACCACACACGCUCGAUCUUUCAUUGCUUUAUUGCUAGAGCUCAGGCCAUGUCACAGCUACUGCCGCUAGAGUAAGUGAUGCUCCGCUCUUCAAUGUGUCUUCUUGUCUGUUCUUUCCUCUGCUGUAAACCACGAAGCUGUGCGAAUUGCCGAGCGAUGCGCUAGACUGGUUGAUGUGAUGAGCUUUGGGAUAGUCCUGCGAACAAAGG